AUGGAAUUGCCGCGCUAAACUAAAUGAGGAGAGGUGGCGUGUAGCACCGUGUUCGCGAAUACCAAGGUACACCGUAAUGGAUAACUCCGCACCACUUCUCCGCGGCUUAUCUCGGCCGUGAUUAUUAUUCCACAUCAGGGCGACAUCAAAUCGUCAAUUUAUAGCCUGGAUGGAGCUAACCGCCACUCCAGCAACCGUCGACGAUGCCGCCGGCAUGGCCAUCGCAUUUGCCGAAGCGCAGGCGUCGUACCAGGAGGGCGGAAUCCCGAUAGGAGCCGCUCUCGUCGCCUACGACGGCAAGCUUCUCGGGCGAGGACACAACAUGCGUGUGCAGCUGGGUUCGGCCAUCCACCAUGGCGAGACCUCGGCACUGUUUAACUCAGGCCGCUUGCUGGCGCGCGCUUACAAAGGCAGCACCAUGUUCACGACGCUAUCGCCGUGCGACAUGUGCACGGGGGCGUGCCUGCUGUACGGCAUCGCGCGGGUGGUGAUCGGGGAGAACCGCGCGUUCCUGGGCGGCGAGGCGUACCUGCGGCAGCGCGGGGUCGAGGUGGUGGUGCUGGACGAUGCUGCGUGCGUCGAGCUCAUGGAGCGGUUUAUCAGGGAGAAGCCUGAGCUGUGGAACGAAGACAUUGGCGUCGAAGAGCGCGUCUACUCCAAGGAAGCAAAAGCCCCAGAGCAGCAUUCGUAAACAAUACACACAAGGAGACAAGGGAUAGUCAGACAGACAGGCACUCCGUAGUUUUAUUAGACGUUUGCGUCAACUAGCCAGAUAGCUAC